UUACGAGUUGCAAUCAUGAAUCCCGAUUUAAAGGAGGCAUUUUCUAAAAUAAAACCUAUUUGCGAUCUUGUUAUGGUGCGUCCGUCAGCUCAGAGCAUCGCGUCUUUUACGGAAAAACUGUCAGGGGUAAAAAAAGAGGUCAUUCAGGACCUGCAACAAUAUAUGUUGUUUCCUUUUAUUACCCACAUUAAGUCUAAUGAAAUUGAAAAAAAGUAUGAGCUGCAAGCAAUAAUGGCCGAUGCAAUGUGCAUGGUACUAGAGAAGGUGGCUGUUCACAGUUUCGACAUGUGUUUGCAGAUAGAGAGUGGCUUGUUGGGUCUUGUGUUUGAUAAUUCAAAACCAGGGAUGGUGGCAGUGGUCCCUGAGGAGCUAAAACUAAGCAUCAUGAAGUGCCUGACUUCCCUGAUGCUGAGUCUAGAGAUGCCUGUGAGACAGAAGUUGUUACGGACUCAGAUACCGUUGAUAGCACAGGCUGUGUUUGUCAGUGUGCACAUUGCCAAGCUUGAGAAACUAAGAGCAUUGAGAUUGGCAGCCCUACACUGCCUAACAGCGCACACAGCGACGCACAAAAAGUUGACUAAUAAAAACUACCACAUAGCCGAUCCCGAGCUCGAGGCUCAAGUGGUUGACACACUGUCCAGCAUUCUGCCCGGAGUCAUGGCCGCCUUGCAGGAUGUCGCCACAGACGCUGAGAACCCUGGACAUGCUGUUGUCGUGGCGUCUCUAGAAGCAACUCACCGAAUCCUCUGUGUGACCCUACAAGACAAAUUCGCCCCGAAGCAAGACAAGGAGAUCUCCACGAAAGACUUCGCCGACUUGGUCAAAGAGAAAUCGCACCGCAGAGAAGUAAGCACGCAAAAUUCGAAGAAUAUUCUAAAGCGGUCACCAGAAUGGUACGCAAUGGCAGGCGAGAAACUGACAAUAGUGACAAAGAGCCUCGUGACACUCGCGACACAUGAGCACUACAAAGUGCGAAGAGAACUAGCCGUGCUCUUCUCUAGGAUACUGAAUGAGUGCUCUUUGACCAUGCAGCCCUCCCUCCCCCUCGCGCUGGACAUCGUCAUCGCGCUGACCAAGGACCCGUCUCCCGAGGUGGCCUCGCUGUGCGCCGGCGCCGUCAACGGCUACUUCGCGCAGGCCGCGCCAGCCACCAGGCUCCGGGCCCUGGACAGCUUGAGCGACAAUUUCUUUGCCACGCUCAAUAGUUUGCCUAGGAUUUUGAACAACAUUGGUAAGUUGACAGCCUUGACCGUCGAUUUUAUUAGAAAUCGAGCUGUUAAAGAAGUCCUUCCCCACAUUUACAAGUACCUCAACAAAUCAUCAUCCGAGAGUCUUCUCAAAGACGCGGGCUCAGCGUACCGCAAUAGCCAAGCCUAUAGCUUGCAAGUGGCCGCUUUAACUGCUCUGCCGAGCUUAGCUAUCGACCUUAUGUUAAGCGAAGAUAGCUUGGAAGACGCCAUGAAAUCUAUCGAUGUGUAUCUAUCUAAAAAACAACCGAAGCCCCUACAAGCGUUAGCAGUAAAAUUCUUCCAAACUCUUCUAAACUACGACCGCGGGGCGACUUGGGACUACCUCAGGACUCUGUGCAACAAUAGCAACGUCUUGGAGCCUCCACCGCGUGCCACCAAGCUUAUAAAGCUCGAACCUGUCAUUGGAACUCCUUAUGAACCUGCUGAUAAAGAUUAUGAAAGUAAUAUUAAGUUGAUAUUUAAUAUUAGUACACAGUGAAUAAAUGUUACUCCAAUUAUUGAUUCGAUAGUUAUUCAGUGUUAUUUGGAGACAUGACGCACUCUCAAUGAUAGUGACGAAUUCCUGAAGUAAAAUUUUUGGAAUAAGUACUAACAAAAUAAAUUGCAAUUAUUGAUCUUUAUAUUGAUUUUAUAGUUAUUCCAUGUCCUCUAAAUAUUUUGGCCACCACAAAAAGUUACCUUCGAGAAGGUUCAGUGUUAUUUGGAGACGACGCGUGAGUGCGUCGUUUCCACAAACGACGUCGAACGUCGUCGUCACAGUGACAAAAUGACGAAUUCGAGAAAUAAAAUUUUUGGGAUAAGGACUGACAAAAUAAAUUGCAAUUAUUCAUCUUCAUAUUGAUUUAAUAGUUAUUCCGUGUUCUCUAAAUAUUUUGGCCACCACAAAAAGUUACCUUCAAGAAGUUUCAGUGUUAUUUGGAGACAUGACGCACUUUCAAUGAUAUGGUGACGAAUUCAAGAAGUAAAAUUUUUGGAAUAAGUACCAAUGACAAAAUAAAUUUUAAAAAAUGUGACA